AAAAAAGUGGCACUCCAGAAACAGAUGAAGUAGCUAUGUCACCAGCAAGCACUGGCAAAGCAACAGUUUAUGUUCAUCGUCCUGAAAUAAAUCAUCCAUUGGCAAAGAAGAUAUAUGAGUUACAGGAUGUGUUUGCUGAUGCAUUACAACUGACAAUGGAAUCCUUCCUCAAAAAGCCAGCACUUCUUCAUAAAGUCUUAAAUUAUCUUACAAUGCAUAUUCAUGCUCUGUUGGGCCCUAUCAGAAAAAAUAAUCCAUCUGCAGUGCAAGCAGUUAGAGAAGAGUUUAGUGACAUUGAAUCAAUGACUGAUCUUUUUAUCAUUUUGCAAGAUAAGUAUGUAUCAUGGUUCAACUAUGAACUGAUAGUUAAACUUGUUCGUGUGUUCUUGAGUGACAAUCGUAUAUUAAAGAGAACCUGGUCAGCAUAUGAAGAGAAGUUAAAGGAUUAUUUUAUAAACAGUGGUGGACUAUUGAAAGAUGCUGAUGCUUUAGAAUUUGGAAUAACAGACGCUCCUCCUGGUACAAAAGUAGUGAUUGCUAAGGUCGAUCGUGAUGACUACACACUGGAUGACCUAUUCUUCUUUCGUAGU